AUAAGUAGGAAUGGGCAGCGUCUGCUCGCAUUCAGUGCACCUUUCCCAUUUGCUAAUACGGCCCGUCCAGGCUGAGAGGAAUCCUUCCCUGCCUUAUCCUGGAGAGCAAAGGCUCUGAGACCAUCCGUGUGCACCAUGUGGCUGCUUCAAGUGACAGCUCUUUUCUUCCUUUUGUCCAACAGUCUCUGCCGCGGUGGGGACAGCCAAGAUGUUCAAAAUAAUUCUACUCCAACACUGACAGAAACUUCCACAACAAAUCCAUCUGCCACAACACCAGGCACCGCGUCAGUAACGGAUCUUAACAAAUCAACAGAUGGAAUACCUCCUGAAGGAACGACCAAAAGUGAAGUAUCCAAAACAUCUUUGGUGCCAGCAAUUAAAUCACUGACAACACCAAAACAUGAAGUGGAAACAACAACUGAAGGUCUCCUAAAGAAUGAAGGCUCCACUAUAAAAACAACAGUGUCAAGUACUCCAAUUGCAAAUGCUAAUUCAACACUACCAAGUUCCCAGAACAAGACUGACAAUCAGAGUUCAAUCAGAACAACAGAAAUAUCAGUUGCCACUCAACUGCCAGAUGCCUCACCGAAAGCCACUGCAAUACCCUCUGCAUCUCUAACAACUGCACACACCAUGUCACCACUUCAAGAUACUGAGGACGGGAAGAUUACAGCCACUCCAUCAAACACGCCCUCCUAUUCCAGUAUUAUUUUGCCGGUGGUUAUCGCACUGAUUGUUAUAACACUCUUGGUAUUUACUCUGGUGGGUUUGUAUCGAAUAUGCUGGAAGAGAGACCCAGGUACUCCAGAAAACGGAAAUGAUCAUCAGCCUCAGUCCGACAAAGAGAGUGUGAAGCUGCUCACUGUUAAGACAAUCUCUCAUGAGUCUGGCGAACACUCUGCACAGGGGAAAACCAAGAACUGACAUCAAGAUGGAUUCCCCCCUACACCUGGGCAAUAAAUGCUUCAUCUUCAGCCUCUAAACUCCAAGGGUGGAAAGAAGAAAAAGUCCUGAGGAACCAACAUACUUUCCAGUCUUCUCACCAGUCUACACCAGUUGCCUGUCCCAGCAAAGGAAUGUCAGACCGCCACCUGAUAGUGUCAUAAAGAGCUCUGGAUAGCUCCUGUGUGAGAUGUAGAGAAUCAAAAGACUCUAGUUUUCAGGGACUUUGCUAGGAGGAGGAACUGUGAUGCCCCAGCCCAGGCAGGUGGGCUCCUGGAAGACAUGCUGUAGCUGAGUUUAGACUUUCCAGGUUUUUAUUUUAGCCUCGAUCUGUGGAGACUCGCCUGUUUUCUUUGAGUUCUUGUGUUUAGCCAGCAUCAGUAUUUAUUGUUUCCUACUGUGUUAAUACAGGAAGAGUUUUGCAAGUGUGUUAAUAAAUGUUAAAUGUUAAGUAGAAAUGUUACCUUUAAUAAAGAAUGGCUGUACUCAGCAUGCUAAACAUUACUUCCUGGCUGGUGUGGCACUGGCAUUGUGGUCACAUAAAUGUGGCUAGCUUUGGGUUAGAAUAUGAGGACUCAUCAGAAUAUGCAAAAAAUAUGUAAAAAGCACCAAAGGACCAAAGGACUAAAGUAUAAGCCAAUAGAAGCGAGGAAAGAAAUCACCACCAUUUCUUUGGUUUCUCUCACUUGUAUUUCACACCGUCUGACAAGAAUGCCUGGACAGUUGUGGUAUCAUGGUUAAAUCCUUUAAUCCAUUUCACUGAUACUAUUUCUGUGGUUAGUUUUAUUUACUUAUUUUUAGAAAUAUUAGAUGUGGGAUAAGCAAUCAUUACUAAAACUUUAGUCUCUAGAAAAAUCAACAUCUUAUCAAUGAGUAAUUGAAGUAUUAUUUUCCAAUGAGUCACCUUCCUAAAAAAUCCAUAAAAAUAUAGCACUGCCCCCAUCAAGAACAGAUUCUGCUCUUGAAACCUUGAUCAACCUUGACCAUGUUCAUGGCACGUGAGAUCAAAAUGUUAAGAUGGUUGGAGCUCUGGGGAAAUUUCUGGAAUUAACAAGCUUUGCAUGGUAGCUCUGUUAAACAUCUAUGAUUUCUUCAGCUGAACUCAAUGAAAGAUUAUUUUACUGAUAUGAGGGAAGGUGAAUACAUGUUAUAGAGUCAUGUUGAUUUUCUUUAACUAUAAUGUGAUGACACCUUUCAGCUGGGCUCAUGUAAUCAUUUUGAUUUUACCUUGCUAAUAUUUGAGCUGCAUCUUAUCAAAGGUAUCAAGCAAGCACAUAUACAACUCUUAUGGAUUUCUUUCUAUUGUUCCAUGAGAAGGAUAGCAAAAUAAGAGGAAAAAAGAAAAAAAGGAAUCUACAACACAUAUGCCUUCACCUUGGGACUACUUCUUAAGUUAAAAGGCUCUAAAAGUGUGAGAGAUUGGUUGCAGCAUCCCAGCAGGGGGUAUUUGUAAUUAUUAUAGAUUGUUCCAAUGACCACCUCAGCAAAAGCCUUUUAAAGUAGUUUUUGUAUUGCAAAGAAACAAACUCUUUUACUUCAGGCAAAAUGGUUUUUUUCUAACUUUCAUUAACAUCAUCUGUACUGAUUUGAUCAUUCCAGUUAAAGAACUGGUCAUAAGGAAACUGCACUAAACCAACAAUCAAUGUGUCAGAUCUCUAUUGAAGGUCAAACUGAUAACAGAGAAUGUCUGGCCAUACUCAAGUAAUUUGGUGGCAUCAACUUCAAAGAAAUCUAAAUUUUGUACUUAAAAUAACUUAAAAGUUGGAAAGGGUAAAGUAUUUUGUUUCAAGCCAAUAAUACCAUUACUAAAAGUUUUUUGAUGACUUAUUAGAUGAUUUAUUUCCAUACCUGACAUUUUUAUGAGGUUUUAAUAAUAAUAUACAGUUCAGAUGUCAUUUAGAUAAAAAUCAAGGCCUUCCGUGUGCUUGUGCUAUAUGACAACAUGAAUAUAAUUCUAUCAAUAAUCCAAAAAUCAGCAAGAGGUAAUUACUUGAUGUUGUCAUCUGAAAACAAGUGGGUACCAUGACCUGACACACUAGCUGAUAUGGCUGGCGAGGCACAACUUCUAAAUGCCCCCUUGUUGAACUGAAAUAUUGCAUUAGAUAUGGCUGACACAUCUAUUCCCUUCCUAACAUAAAAUAUAAAGUCCUAAAUAUAAAAUCUGUGAGGAUCAGUUUAUGACAUCGUCUAACCUUCAGUGAUGGAGGUUUUAGUGCUCUCCUGACUUUUCUCUGUCUCUUUUCUACUUGUCACUGAGAUUUCAUAGGUAGUGAGCUCUGGAUAAAGUUCAGCAGCCUAGUAUGUAUGAAACCCAGAAUAAAUACAUACAGGUUGAUGAUAGCUAGGAUAGAUGAUAGAUAGAUAGAUAGAUAGAUAGAUAGAUAGAUAGAUAGAUAGAUAGAUAGAUAGAUACCUUCUAAGAUAAAAGGACUUGGGAUUCUGAUACAAUGAAACACUGAAGACAUAUGCAUAUAUAUACACACAUACAAAGUUGUAUUUUGAGUGGUAAUACAGUUUUUCUCUGUCAUCAGCUCGCAUUCUCUAUCAAUCUUAGAUGAAAAAAAUAGGAAAAGACUUGUAUCUACACUGAACAUGUAAAGCCUGUUUUAUGUUGUCUUUGUUCUGUAAAUACACAGUAU